AUGACAUAUUUGGAUACAGAGAAUCAAGACAAAUGGUUUCUUGCUUUUAUGGCAAUCCGUUUGUUUAUUUAUUUUGUAUUUAUGACUGUUAAUUUUGGUCAAGCUUUUAUUGAAGCAAGAGAAAUGACUUUAAGAAAAGUUAAUUCAAAAUUUUUUAUGUUUUUAGCAUUUGCACUAUUUUGUUUGUGUAGAUGUAUAUCACAAGCAUUAUUCUUUUGGCGACCAGAAGAAUAUUUGGUUGGAACCAUUUACUAUGUUUUCUUUUCAUUUGGAAACUUUUUUAUCUUUCAAGAAUUUAUCUUUUUAGGUGGAUUUUGGAUACAAUUAUUAUAUUCAUUUUUUAUAUCAUCAAAAAUUAGAAGAAAAGGAGUUGGACGUUUACACAAGAUGAGUAACUAUAAUCACUAUGACGAUAUGAUGCACAGGACAAAAUCAAUCCUCUCGAUUGUCGUUUGUUCAGUAUCGUCGACACUCAUUUACAACAUCGUAUUCAUCAUUGUCGAUGGUGAUGGUACACCUCCCUACACUCUCUUUCCAAUAAGACUCAUUAUCACUGGUAUCAUUGAUAUCGGUCAAAUGAUUGCUAUUAUGGUUGUUAUGGCUGAUGGACUUUUUCACAAAUACUUUUUAUUUAUCCGUGUUUCUAGAUUCCAACCAAGUGAUAAAUCAUCGGCAUCAGAUGCAACAGAUGCAAAAUUAGGAUCGAUGGGUACUAAAACUACACAUUAUGAUGGUGCAUCCAAUAUGAGUUUUAAUACUUCUAUGACAUCUUUACAAGCUAGUAACGUUCAACAACCACAAGAAGAAGAAGAAGAGGAAGAAGAACAAGUUGUAGGUCAACAACAAUUAAAUGAAACAACCAUAUCGAUUGGAUCUUCAAACCCAAACAUCCAAUUAAUCAAAGAGGGCGACAGCAGUGACGAUUCCUCCAAAACUCAAGGCACUUCCUCAGCCGCAAGUCCAUGUAUAGUUUAG